AAUAAGAAUAAACAAUAUUAUUGACACUUCAUCCGUAGAAAAAUAAAAGUAUUCAUUAGACCGUUUUGUUCGAGUAAAAACAGUUUUUUUUGUGGCGAUUCGUGAUAAUAAUACAAAAAACGUGAAUCAAUGUCUACUAUUUCAGUGUUACAUGUGGAAUCGUAUAAAAUUACAGAAAUAUUGCGGUCCGUUAUGAACAGAGAUGUUACCUCAAAGUAAUAUUGACUUUGAUGAGAUCGCAGAAGAACUUGGAGAAUUAGGUAGAUAUCAAAUAUUUAUUUAUAUUUUGAUAUGUUUGCCGGUGUUAUUUGGAGCUGCCAACAGUCUAAGUUACGUAUUUACAGCGGGAAUUCCUGAAUACAGAUGUCUUAUACCAGAAUGCGAAACAGCUGAUUCAGCAAUAUACGAUGCACCGUGGGCAAAGUGGGCUAUACCUCACGGUUCCAGUGACAACCAGGUGAUAGGGGUUAAAAGUGACAUAUGCUCAAGAUACCAACCAAAAGAGAAUGCUAGUAAUUGCUCUCCAGACUCGUAUACAAAUACAAUCAUACAUUGUUCUGAGUGGGUCUUCAGCACUGUCGAAAGGACCAUAGUUAAUGACUGGAAUCUCACUUGUAUUGAGAAUCAAUGGAAAGUAUCAUUAGUUGGAUCAUCGCAUUUCACAGGAAUCAUUGUAGGAUCCUUUGUUAGCGGAGUGCUUGCAGAUCGUUAUGGUAGGAAAGGGGUAUUCGUUUGUUGCAUUUUCCUUAUGACCGCCGCGGGUGUACUGCAAAUUCUGUCUUCCGAUUAUUGGAUUUUCGUGUUUCUCAUUUUCCUAAAUUCCGUUGGAACUGCCGGAGUGUAUCCAUUAGCAUUCAUCAUAGGAGUUGAAAUGGUUGGUAAAAACAAAAGGGAAGUCACCGGAAUCGUAUUGAAUUAUUUCUAUGCUAUUGGAGAAGCAAUUAUUGCCCCAAUUGCAUAUUAUAUACGAGAUUGGACACAUCUCCAGUUGAUAGUUUCGGCUCCCGCCAUUAUAUUUAUGGUGUAUUAUUGGAUUAUUCCGGAAUCGGUUAGAUGGCUUUUGGCAAAACGACGUAUGGAAAAAGCUAAACAAAUUAUACUAAAAGUCGCUAAAUAUAAUAAGGUCACUCUUUCUGAGAAUACUAUGGAGUGCUUAAAACAAUCAAUUACAUUUACGGAGGGAAACGAACCAAAUAAGUCAACUAAAAUAUACCCAGUAGUGAAAGACAUGCUAUUAUCGAAAAAAAUGAUGAUUCGUUUCUUAAUAGUUUAUUUCAUAUGGGCCGUUAACGCCUUCAUCUUUUAUGGUCUAUCAAUAAAUUCUACAAGCUUGGGCGGAAAUAAAUACAUAAAUUUCGCCUUGGUUAGUCUCGUAGAAAUACCAGGAUAUACAAUAGCUUGGGUGUGCAUAAAAAAACUGGGAAGAAGGAUCUCGCUUGUAGGUUCUCUUUUACUCUGUGGUGUUACGUGCACUUUAACUAUUUUUGUGCAGAGUACCAACUUCGAAUGGGCUGUUAUUUUGUUAUUUUUGACUGGAAAAUUUGGAAUAACGGCAGCUUUUGGCAUAUCGUAUGUAUAUACAGCUGAAAUGCUACCUACGGUUAUUAGAAGUGGAGGAGUAGGAUCUGCGUCAACUGUUUCGAGAUUUGGAGCUCUUCUAGCACCGUUUGUUCCUUUAUUGGGCUUAUAUUUUGAUCCUCUUCCGAUGAUUGUUUUUGGAGUUGCUGGAAUAGCUGCUGGUUUAAUGGCACUCAAAUUACCUGAAACGUUUGGUUUAAAAUUACCUGAAACAUCUGAGGAGGCUAAACUGUUGUAACUCAGAAUCUUAUUGAUAAAUAUUUACUGUCAAGUUAGUUUUAAAUUUAUAAUUGACAAUUUAAUUUAUUAUCAUUUUUGUAUAUUCGCCAAUAACAUCAGCUCUCUAUGUAGAAAGGACGGUAGAGCUGGUUCCUCCAAUUUUGACCAGCCUUUAUGGACUAGGGCAACACAAAGGACUGUUAAGGAACUCUGCGACUAGGACCGGUUAGAUCCUCCCCAUUUAUAGUAUUAAUACAAUCACUUUUAGAACAUCGAUCUUUCUCCUUACUGCUUUUGGUUAGAGUUGUUAGUCUAGCUGGUAUUUUCCACGGAUGAAAUUUUCUCAAGUAUUCUGUCUAUACACACUUACGUACUGAUCAAACCAUUAUAUCUUAACGGUAUAUUCGAUAAAACCUGAGCUAAUUCUGAAUUAUAUAAACCAGUUUCAUCCGCACAUUGUUCUUUGAUAAAACAAUACAGAAUGUCCAUAAAAGCCGACACAGAGCAGAGCCGUAUAAAGGAGCCCAAAAUAUUCCACAUUUUUUCAGAUGUGUAUUAUUUUUUUAAUUUUAAAUAAAAACUUACUUACUUUAUAUUGAAGUUACUAUACAUAUAUCUGUUACGUGUUUAGGGAUAUUAAUAAAUAAAUAAGUAGUCAGGAUUUUCUUUCACGUA